GUAGACUGCGGCUGCAAUUCCAAUUUUGUCGUAUAUGCGGCACCGGUUUUCUCCAGAGGUUCCGGAAAUUUCGAUACGAGGAGACGUAAUCGUCGCGGAGAGUCUCCCUACGAAGUAUUAGGAGUUUCCCCUACUGCGACUCCUAAUGAGAUCAAGAAAGCUUAUAGGAGAUUGGCUCUCAAGUACCAUCCUGAUGUCAACAAAGAGCGCCAAUCUGAUCGUGUUAUUAAAAGGGAGAUGAUUGACAAGCCGUCUAGAGAUGGCCUGCUUGAACACGGUUUGGCACAGUCAUUUUGUCUAGCUAAAAGAUUCAUCUGUACUAUGGUGGCUGUAGUAAUGGAGAAAAAUCAUUCCAAGCCUCAGGACAAUGAUGGCAUUGUCCGGGAGCCUUGCUUGAGAUUCCACAGAAAGAAAAUUCUUAAAAAAGAAGUUAUGACUUAUGAAGGUAUCCACUUGAGUUUCAAACUGGAGAUUGGAUUAUCCGCUAGAAACAAUAACUGCAACAAUCUUGACUUGCUUCAAGCACUCCUUAUGAGUAGGAGUAUCCUCAUGUGGCCAUGCCUUAAGUGCCUGUGGGCCUCCUCGAAGUUGUCUUCUUCUCCCAAAUGCCAUCAUCAUUGGUCAUAUGGAAAUCAUAAAUAUGCUGCAAUGAUCCAAUGCAAUGGGACUUCACUAUCUCAGGAGAAGUUUUUGAGGAUAAAGCAUGCAUACAAUACACUGCUGAAGUCUGAAUCUCGAAGACGAUAUGCUUCUGGAGAUCGUGCAUCUGAUUAUUCAACCACGGGAAGAAACCAAACUAGGAAUACUCAAGAUGAAGAAGAGUUC